AACCACACUCCGUCGAAUGCGCAACAACACGCGCAUCUCGACAAGAAGCGCAACAUGAUUGAUGUUUUGGUCCCGUUGAUCACAACAUCCUUGAUAUUCGGCGGAUGCUGCACCAAUGUCUUUGCCCUCGAGGGCAUCAUCAAGAGCGAGCCAAGUAGCGGCCUGAUCAUCACAUUUUUCCAAUUCGUCUUCACCACAGCGUGCGCAUAUCUCACGCAAUGCGACCCGAGUCAAGCAUACACGGUGCGAAAACCUCGCAUCCCGAUCCAGAAAUGGGUCUUCGUGGCCGCCCUGUUCUACAGCAUCAACAUGCUCAAUAAUUGGGCCUUCGCGUACAAGAUCAGCGUCCCGGUGCACAUCAUCCUGCGCAGCUUCGGGAGCGUCACGACCAUGAUCGCGGGAGCACUCCGUGGCAAGCGGUACAGUACCUUGCAGGUAGCGAGCGUGGUUCUGUUGACAGUGGGUGUGCUGGUCAGCGCAUGGGCGGAUUCGGAGGGCAAGGGCAAAUCAAUGUCUGUGGGCAGUGAAGCAUCAGCAUCGGACUUUACCACGGGUCUUGCCAUUCUCCUGCUGGCGCAGCUCCUCGCGGCGUAUCAAGGUGCAUAUACCGAAGACCUCUACGCGCAAUACAAAGCAGAGUGGACGGAGAAUCUCUUCUACUCCCACCUGCUGAGUCUACCACUCUUUCUGCCCUUUGCAGAGACCUUGCGGCACCACUACACUCGACUCGCCACCACCGCGCCACUGCAGCUGCGCUCCGUAGCAGAACCCUGGCUCGCCUAUGCACGUCGCGAAGGGGCACCCACAGGAUCACUAUACAAGACACUCGAGACGCUCUGCACGCUUCUAGAGCGACCGCCGCGCGGCAUCCUGUUUCUGGUGACGAACGCCAUCACGCAACUGUCGUGCAUAUCGGGAGUGAGCCUCCUCGCCGCGCAGUCGUCCGCCGUCACGGUGACGAUCGUCCUGAACAUUCGCAAAUUGGUCUCGUUCAUCCUGAGUACGCUACUCUUCGGACAUGUCAUGAAUGCGAAGAUGGUGUUGGGCGCCACGUUGGUUUUUGGGAGUGGCGCUUUGUAUGGCUGGGAGACCAGUUGGCGGCUUCCACGUGCGCGGAGACGGCUGGCUUCAUUGGAGGCGAAGAAUCCUGCUGGGGAGAGGAAGCAUCAGUAGCCUACGCUGUGGAAUACAGAGGUCGAAAUGGAGGGUAUCGGAUGAUAGAUUUUGCCCAUGGUGACAGGUGUGGCAUCAAGUCGCUCACUUCUGGAGAACCGUCUCCUCAUACGGAACAAGAGAUCAUCAUAGAAGAACUGCCUCGAGGCAUUGCCUCGAGGCUAUGUCACUCGAGCAUCCUCACGUGAUGUCUACAUGUUGAGCAAGCACAGUGUCAUUCCCUUCUCCUAGUACUCUGACACUGAUGACUGUCAAAAUGGACCCGUGAUGACGAAGCCGUCUCGUUUGGAAGGAGUUCGACAUAACCUUGGAAACCCAACGUCUUAGGGUUACAAUUCCAGCCCUGGACAGCAUCAACCUCAGAACAGUAUGGUUCAAAU